AUGAGCGAUGCUCAAGUAUCUCCACUAUUUCCCGCUGGCAGUGGUGACAUUCGCCUCAUCUCCACAGACGGCACUAUCUUCUACGUUCACCGUCUAAUUCUCCGACUCGCAUCUCCCUUCUUCGAGACAAUGUUCGAGAUUGGAUCCGAAGGAACUCCUCAGUCAAAUCAUUUGCCGCUCAGAGUGGAAGCUGAUGCGAAGACUUUGACUUGCUUAUUGCAAUACCUUUACCCAACUCCAUGCCGUCCACGGAUUACAGACUUAGGUCAACUUACAGCCACUUUACGUACUGCAAAGAGAUACGAAAUGGAAGGCGUCAUCGAGCAGCUCCGCAGCGUCCUAACGGAGAGGUAUCUGGAAGAAGACGAGCUAAUCGUACCCCUCUAUAUCAGAUAUCCCUUGCCUGUCCUUCUUAUUGCGGAUGCCUUCGGCUUCAUCGCUGAGAAAAGGCUCGCCUUGCGGGAAUGUCUCGAGGGCGAUCUGACCGAACAUCUCAAGACCGUAAUAUCCAGUGAUAUACCUGCACGAAUCAUGAUAGGACUCCUCGAACUUCGAAAGGAGAGGCUAGAGUGGUUCAGGUCAAAGCUGAAUGCCUGGUCGCCUCCGCUUGUAGAGCCGUGCUGCUCCCAAAAUUUUGGAGCACCGUCAGAAAAUCGAGACGAAAGUUUACCACUGUCUUGA